AUGGCUCGCACCGUUCUCAUCACAGGCUGUUCGGACGGCGGUUUAGGAGCGGGACUGGCCAUUCAAUUUCACAAACGUGGUGAUCGAGUUUUUGCGACAGCUCGCAAUCCGGCCAAGAUGGCAUCGCUGACGGCGCUCGGGAUCGAAACGUUCAAACUCGACGUCCUCUCGGACGAAUCCAUCAAGGCUUGCGUGGAGGAGGUUUCGGCCUUGACGGGUGGUAAAUUGAACAUGCUCGUCAACAACGCCGGAGCGGGUUACAGUAUGCCAGUCAUGGACAUAUCCCUGGACGAGAUGGAAAAGUUGUACCGACUCAACGUCCUCUCGGUCAUCCGCACGGCGCAGCUCUUUUUCCCCUUGCUGCGCGCGGCCGCGCCCGACGCCGUCAUCGUCAACCAGACCUCGUGCGCCAGCGUGGCGACCGUGCCGUUCCAGGGCGCGUACGGGUCGUCCAAGGCGGCCAUCGCCAACCUCACCGAGUGCCUGAGGCUGGAGAUGAUGCCGUUCCGCGUCAAGGUCGUCGACCUGAGGACGGGGGCGGUCAAGACGCCCUUCUUCGACAACGCGGCGCUGCGGUCCGGCAGCGGGUUGCCCCCGACCAGUCCCUAUCUGGCCCUGAAGGACAAGGUGGAGGGCGUCAUGAACGGGGACAUGGAGGGCGUCGAGUUCCAGGACCUCGACAAGUGGGCCAAGAACGUGGUCGGCGACCUCUCGCGAAACAGGCCGGCCGCGCAGAUCUGGAGGGGCGGCGGUGCCACCUUGGUCUGGCUGUCCAGUCUCCUCCCCGUGGGCGCCUUUGACGGCAUGUUCAAAAAGAUGGCCGGCUUGGACGUGUUGGAGAAGAAGAUUCAGGAGGACACGUCGAAAAGGGGGAAGUGA